AAACUGGUAAAGAUAAUGAUACAAAAUCCUAAAGAAUACCGACCAUUGCAGAGAACCAAAUCCCUAAAAGAGGGACGCCAUAACCGUGAGCUUCAAAUUUGAAAUUGUUGCUUCCAUUAAAAUUUCUCAAGGAUGAGUCUCCUUCCCAAACCCCAGUCCCGCCUCCAACGUAUUAUCCUCUCCUUUCUCAUUACCAACUCCAACUGUGCUGCCAAAGGCACUGGCAGAGCCAACGUCGGCGGCCAUGGAAGUUCAGUGACCUUUCUCAAAUCCUUCUCCACUCUCUUUCCUUCAACCGCCGACGGUCUCAUAAAUUCUCUUGGCUUCUCAACUGAGUCUCAUGUGGCGGCGGCGCAGAACAUCGGCCGUGAAACUAAGCGCCACUCCGACGAUGACAUUGCCCUUUUUAGUCGAUACGGUUUCUCUUCCGAUCAAAUCGCUAAAAUCUUCACAAGAAGCUUCCAGAUUCUCUCAGUGAAAACACUCGAACCGAAGCUUCAAUUCCUCUCCGACAGCGGAAUGUCCCGCGAAAAUCUGGUUCGUGUCGUCUCCGCCGACCCUUUAAUUCUCAACCGAAGCUUGGAGAAUCAAAUAUCGCCUAGUAUUCGGUUUUUGAAGAGCUUCUACGGCGGCAUCGACCACGUGGUUUCGCUCUUCUUGAUCAAGCGCGGCACUUGGGUUCUCCACCAGUUCUCGGAGGCAACGGCGCGAAACGUCGAGACCCUGCGAAGUCACGGCGUGUCAGAUUACAACAUCGCCAAAUUGUUCGUAGUUCGACCGAAAGCUCUGGCCCGGAACGUGGACGCUUUCACUGAGCUUGUGAAUGAAGCUAAGAGCCUUGGUUUCAACACGUCGAGCUUGAUGUUUAUCCACGGAAUGGCCAGCCUCUCGGGGAUGAGAAAGGACAAAUGGGUAUCGAAAAUCGACGUUUUCAAGAGCUUUGGGUGGUCCGAAGAGCAGAUUCGGGUUUUGAUCGUUAGACAGCCACAAGUAAUGGAUGCCUCUGAGGAGAGACUGAAGAAGGCAUUGGAGUUCUUCACCACCGAGUUGAAAUGGGGUUUUAGUGAUUUUUGUAAGUACCCUAAUGUUCUCUUGUUUAGCUUUGAGAAAAGGAUAUUGCCAAGGACCUCAGUGCUUCAGGUUUUGCUCACGAAACGUCUUAUAGAGAAGAAGAGUAUAGGCACGGCAUUGUUGCUUCCCAAUGAUAAGUUCUUGAAAAGAUUUGUGGAGCGUUAUCAAUCGGGCAUUCCCCAGCUCUUAGACUUGUUUACCAUAACAGAUGUUGAAGAAGAUGUUAUAUGCAGUGGAAACUAAGGUGGCAUCUCUAAUUUGUUCUCCAUUAAUGGAUUUUGGUUUCUUUUGUUGUAGUUGUUUAAUGCAGACUUGUAGAUGUAGUCCCGUUUUUGGACCAUUGAUUUGGGAAUGAUAGAAAUAGAUGUAUCAAUAAAAAAAGGGUAUAGUUUUUUUUUAUCAAUAUGAUUUGUUGGGUUCAUACA